GAACCACAACUCACCCGUCAACUGCGCGCGCGCGCGCGCGUGCGAGCAUGCUUCCCGUCGCGCAGUGAGUGCGGACCGACUGGACGAGCCGUCACCAGCGCCGGUUCUCGCCGAGUCCGGCAGCAUCUUUGCCGAUCCGAACCUCCGCCGUGGCACCGGGCGAGUCACGUGACCGGGGCAGAAGUCGGGAGACCGUUCCGGCGGUUCAAGUGGCGACACUGCGCUCGCGACAUGAAGCUCCGCGGAGCCGAAGCGACGCUGCUGACGAUGCAGCUGCUGCAGCUGCUGAAGGUCUGCCGGGGCUCCAGGACCGACCGCACAGUGUGCCAGGGCACCAGCAACCAGCUGACGCUGCUGGGCACGCCGGACAACCACUACCAGAACCUGCGGCGCAUGUUCUCCAACUGCUCGGUGGUGAUGGAGAACCUGGAGCUCACCUACACGCUGGAGCACCAGGACCUGUCCUUCCUGCAGGCCGUGGAGGAGGUGGGCGGCUACGUGCUCAUCGCCAUGAACGAGGCGCCCGUGGUGCCGCUGAGGAACCUGAAGCUGAUCCGGGGUCAGAACCUGUACGAGGGCCGCUACGCUCUGCUGGUCAUAUCCAACUACAACAGGAACCAGUCGUCGCCGGGCAACUACAGCGGCGGCCUGAGGCAGCUGCAGCUCAGCAGCCUGACAGAGAUCCUGAGGGGAGGGGUGAGGAUCACCCACAAUCACUUGCUGUGCAACGUGGAGACCAUCCAGUGGUGGGACAUCCUGGAGCGGUCGGCCGAGCCCCGCCUGCUCCUGCAGCACCAGCGCCCGCCCGCCUGUGCCCCGUGCCACCCGUCCUGCGUCAGCGGAUCCUGCUGGGCCGUCGGAGCGCAGCACUGCCAGAAGCUCACCAAGCUCCACUGUGCGCAGCAGUGCAGCCACAGAUGUCAUGGACCCAAACCCAGCGACUGCUGUGACGAGCAGUGCGCCGCCGGCUGCAGCGGUCCCCGCAACACCGACUGUCUGGCCUGUCGGCUGUUCAACGACGACGGCACCUGCAAGAGCGCGUGUCCUCCUGAGAAGCUCUACGACUCGCAGACCUUCCAGGUGGUCCACAACCCCAACGCCAAGUUCACCUACGGAGCCACCUGCGUCAAGACGUGUCCACACAACUACGUGGUGACCAGCGGCUCCUGCGUCCGGACCUGCGGCGCCGGGACCUUCGAGGUGGAGGAGGACGGCGUGCAGCGCUGCCGAGCCUGCGACGGCCCCUGCCCCAAAGUGUGCGACGGCGUGGGCGUGGGCUCGCUGGCCAACACCAUCGCAGUCAACGCCUCCAACGUGGAGUCCUUCAGGAACUGCACCAAGAUCAACGGAGACGUCUUCCUCAUCGAGACCUCCUUCACCGGAGACAGCCACUACAAGAUCCCGCCCAUGGACCCGGCCAAGCUGGACUACUUCAGAAGCGUGAAGGAGAUCACGGGCUUCCUCCUGAUCCAGUCGUGGCCCCACAACCUGACGUCACUGUCUGUCUUCGAGAACCUGGAGAUGAUCCGCGGACGCACCACCAGAGCGCAGCACAGCCUGGCGGUGGUCCGAGCCCCGAGCCUGCAGUGGCUGGGCCUGCGCUCGCUGCAGCACGUGAGCGCGGGCCGCGUCAUGCUGAAGGACAACCCGCAGCUGUGCUACACCAGCCAGGCCCAGUGGACGCACCUCUUCAGCUCGCCCGACCAGUUCGUCACCUUGCGCAACAUCGCCCCCCGCGACGACUGUGAGCGACGGAACCGGACCUGCCACCCACAGUGUUCCGACCUGGGCUGCUGGGGUCCGGGGCCACACAUGUGCGUCACCUGUCGGCACUUCAGCCGCAGGGGGCGCUGUGUGACCCGCUGCAACCUGCUGCACGGAGAGGUGCCCGAGGCGGAGCAGGACGGCGAGUGCGUGCCGUGUCACCCCGAGUGUCUGAAGCAGAAGAAGAACCGCACCUGCUCUGGACCGGGUCCGGACCGGUGCCUGCAGUGCGCCCGCUACAUGGACGGCCCUCACUGCGUGGCUCGCUGCCCGCACGGCGUGCUGGGAGGCUCCGGCGCGCUGGUCUGGAAGUUCGCCGACAGCACGGGAAGGUGCCAGCCCUGCCACAGGAACUGUACUCACGGGUGUUCCGGCCCGGGCCUCGCCGGAUGUGCCGGCGUCCCCGCCCACUCGCUGCUGCCUCUGCUGGUGGUCGGUGCUCUGCUCCUCCUCACCGUCCUGGUGCUGCUCAUCCUGGUGGUGCUGAGACGAAAGAGGAUCCUGAGGAGAAGGACUCAGCGCCGCCUCCUGCAGGAGAGAGAGCUGAUGCAGCCCCUCACGCCCAGUGGCCACGCCCCCAACCAGGCUCUGCUCAGGAUCCUGAAGGAGACGGAGCUGACCAAGACCAGAGCCCUGGGCUCCGGAGCCUUCGGAACGGUGCACAAGGGUGUGUGGACGCCUGAGGGACAGGACGUGAGGAUCCCCGUGGCCAUCAAGGUCCUGAGGGAGUCCACGUCGCCCAAAGCCAACCAGGAGAUCCUGGACGAGGCCUACGUCAUGGCCAGCGUGGACCACCCUCACGUCUGCCGUCUGCUGGGCAUCUGCCUGACCUCCUCCGUGCAGCUGGUCACGCAGCUCAUGCCCUUCGGCUGCCUGCUGGACUACGUGCGGCAUCACCGCGCCGUCACCGCUCACUGGCUGCUGGACUGGUGCGUGCAGAUCGCUAAGGGCAUGAGGUACCUGGAGGAGCGCCACCUGGUGCACCGCGACCUGGCGGCACGGAACGUGCUGGUGAAGACUCCCAACCAUGUGAAGAUCGCCGACUUUGGCCUGGCCAGGCUCCUGACCGCCGACGAGAAGGAGUAUCACGCUGACGGCGGGAAGGUCCCCAUCAAGUGGAUGGCCCUGGAGUCCAUCCAGCAGUGGACCUACACGCACCAGAGCGACGUGUGGAGUUACGGGGUCACUGUCUGGGAGCUGAUGACCUUUGGCUCCAAACCUUACGACGGCAUCCCUGCCAGCGAGAUCACCGCCGUCCUGGAGCGAGGAGAGCGACUGCCGCAGCCUCCCGUCUGCACCAUCGACGUCUACAUGAUCAUGGUCAAAUGUUGGAUGAUUGAGCCGUCCAGCCGUCCCACGUUCAGAGAGCUCAUCGUGGAGUUCACCAGGAUGGCGCAGGAUCCACCGCGCUACCUGGCCGUCCAGGUGAUGAUGUCCCAGGGUGAGCUGCCCAGUCCCAGUGACAGCAGGUUCUAUUCCCGCCUCUUGAGCUCUGAUGAAGAUGACAUUGAUGCUGAAGAGUAUCUGCAGCCGUUCCAGCACAGCGGCCACCGAUGCCUCGCCACGGAGCGUCCGCUCAGAGACGGCAGCCUCGUCCUGCGCUACAUCGCUGACCCCACACACGGCUCCGCCCACUCAGAGAGCGUCUGCGUGCACGACUACGUGAACCAGGCGGACACCAAGCAGACCCUCUUCAACCCAAACUACGAGGCUCAGGAGGCGCCUCCCAGCCCGCUGCGUGCCGCCCAGAACCAGCAGUACCUGGGUCUGUGAUCCAGGAGUGAUGUCACUGCUCUGCUGCUCAGGUCUAAUUUAACUGGUGUGCCAUGUGAUGUCGGGGGAGGCUGAAUAAAUGUGAAGUGACCACGUGA